CUGACAGACGACAGACGACAAGACGACAGACGGACUGACUGACUGACUGGCUGCCAGCCACGCUGCACCGCCACGACCCCCGCCUGUCUGCCAUCCACUGUGCCUGCUCUGACUGCGUGCCGGCAUGACAGUCUGCAAGUUCUACUCGCAGGGCAAUUGCCGUUUUGGAGACAACUGCAAAUUCGAACAUCCAGGCAGCCAGCGAGAUGGCGGUCGGAGUGCCGGCGGCGGCUUCGGCGGCCGCCCCAACAACAAUCGCUUCGGUGCUUUCGGCAGCGGCGACAGUUACCGUCCCGGCCAGAAUGCUGGAGGAGCCUUUGGAGGCCGUGACAGCAAGUCGCUCCCCUACAAUUUAGACAUCGCAGACAUCAGAGCAGAUCUGUCUGGACAGCGUCCCAUCUACCCACUAUCCUGCUACGGUCCCGGUCGUGAUGCUCCGCGACAGCUCAUUGAAGGUCUCGUAGAGAUCAGUCCUGAAGAGCUUCGCCUGCGCUAUUACAUUCAACGAGCCACAGGCAAUGAAAAUGUCGCCCAACAAGAAGAGAGUGAUUUACACGCCAAGAUGCAGCAGCAAGUCAAGGCAAUAGUUGAUGACAUCGAGGGUGCUGUCCGGUACAUAGAAGCAGGCGCCAACGAACAUCCGAACAGACUGGACAUGGUCCGGGGCAGCACUGAACAAGCAGCAUCAAGCUCGAUUCCCUUUGCUCAGACCCCCAGCAAUCCGUUUUCCUCGGCAGCAACCUCACAGGGAACAGCAUUUGGCCAGCCUUCGAGGCCCGGAUUUGGCCAACCUGCCUUCGGUCAACCUUCUAAUCCUGCCCAGACAUCGGCCUUUGGCCAGGCAUCGAACCCCGGGCAGACCACUUCCGCUUUCGGUGCAUCUUCGACGAUGGGUCAAAAGCCAUCGCCGUUCGGUCAAUCAUCGGCAUCAGGAGCAGUGAGCGGGUUUGGCAAACCUGCUUUCGGUGCCUCAGGCUUUGGUCAGACGUCCAUGCCAGGUACUGCGAGUGCUUUUGGACAACCCAGUGGCCCAGCACAACAGUCGCCAUUUGGGCAGGCUGCCUCCAAUGCCAACAAGCCCGCGUUCGGGCAGUCAUCUGCCCCUGGCGGAGCAGCUACAUUUGGACAAGCCUCUACGCCAGCUCAAGGGUCAGCCUUUGGCCAGGCAAACGCUUUGGGGCAAUCACAGCAGUCACCCGCCUUUGGCAAUACUGCCUUUGGGCAGAGCUCGUUUGGACAGGCAGCACAGGCAGGAUCAGGCCCUUCGCCGUUCGGGCAACAACCUCAAGCUAACAGCUCACCAUUUGGUCAACAGGCUGCGCAAAAUUCCCAGUCUCCGUUUGGCCAGACGGCACAGGCAGGGCAGCAGCCUAAUCCUUUUGGUGGCCAGACACAACCCCAAGCAAAUGUAGCCCCACCAAAUCCAUUCGGGGGUACUGCCGCUCCAUCGGCUUCUGCGUUUGGGAAGCCAAGCGCACCUGCUUUUGGGGCUCCUAGCCUCGGCGGGCCGCAUCAGACUGCAACAACACAAGCUCUGAACCCAUUCGGUCAAACAGCACAGUCAGCACCCGUGCCUGCGAACAGCUCGUCACCCUUUGGUGGUUCAGGCCAGCCAGCUGCAGCGCCACAAGUACAGCCAUCGGCCGCCCAAGCAGCUGGCCCAAUCGAUCCCAAGGACAGGUACAAAGAAGGGAAUGCAACGGAAUACGAUGGAGAGGCAGGCAAGCUCCUAGAAGAGAUUUAUAAACGCGUGGGACAGAUGGGUCGGUUCAAUGACGACGAGGAUAUACCGCUCACUCCUCCGAAGUGCGAGUGGAUCGUGCCUGUGCCGGGAUGAGUGGUCAGGACUCAAGUUGGCGCGUGGGACGAUGUAGGAUAUUACGGGCUGUCGUUCAUCAGGAGCUCUUAGCGCCUACCUAUGUAUGUAGAGAAGCACAAAUACGACCUUUCACGUCUGCA